AGAAAUUAUCUUCGCAAGUUAAUUAAGAAAAAUGGGUUAUCAAAUAAAAAGGGAGAUCAAUUCAAAUAAGCUUAAUUCAUCUGAAAGAAGAAAGCGAGCCAAAACUAGUUUGUCAACUGCCCGAACAAAUAAUCUAUCUUUAAUGAAAGGAGAGACCAAUGCCAUGUCAAACCCUAAAAUUAUGGAGAAAUACAAGUUGAGUACUGAGCUUGAAUGGGUUGAUCAAACUCCUGAAUGCCCAGUAUUUCAUCCAUCAAUGGAGGAAUUCAAAGACCCCUUGGCUUUUCUGCAAACCAUCUCUCAACAAGCUUCAAAAUAUGGAAUUUGUAAGAUUGUAUCGCCAUGGAAGGCUUCGGUUCCAGCUUCUGACGUACUGAUGAAGGAGCAAAGAGGGUUUGAGUUUAAAGCUUACGUUCAACACUUGCGGCUUCAUCAAUGGAAUCUCAAUGACAUGCCUAACUUCCUCAUCACAGAGAGCACAUAUAAUUACAGUAGUUUUGAGAAGAUGGCGAAUAAGGCAUUUGCUAAAAGGUUUCCUGAUCAGUCCACUGGCCUGUCUCCCGUUUAUUUGGAAAAGCAAUUUUGGCUUGAAAUGGCUCGUGGCACUGCAACAGUCGAGUAUGGUGUCAAUAUUGAUGGCUCUGCCUUUUCUUCUGAUCCCAAUGACCAGCUUGGCCAAAGCAAUGGCAAUUUAAAGACUUUCCAGCAGUUGCCCAACUGCAGUUUGCGGCUGCUUGAUUAUCAAAUACCGGGAAUAACCUUUCCCAUGCUUUACAUUGGAAUGCUAUUUAGUACAUUUGCAUGGCAUGUUGAAGAUCACUACUUAUACAGCAUUAAUUAUCAUCAUUCUGGUGCACCCAAAACUUGGUACGGUGUUCCCGGUCACGCGGCUUCCGGGUUCGAGACGGUGGUUCGGGAUUACAUUUACGAUCCUGACAUCUUGUCGCAUAUCUGUGAAGACGGUGCUUCCGCAGUGUUAGCAGAGAAAACAACCAUGUUCCCUCCAAACAUUUUGCUGCAGCAUAAUGUGCCUGUUUACAAGGCUGUGCAGAAGCCAGGAGAGUAUGUUAUCACCUUUCCUAGAGCAUACCAUGCCGGAUUCAGUCAAGGCUGCAAUUGUGGUGAGGCGGUGAACUUUGCGAUCGGCGAAUGGUUUCCGUGGGGAGCAGUGGCCGGCCAAGUUUAUGCACAUCUUUGCAAGAUGGCGAUCCUUCCUUACGAGGAACUACUAUGCAAAGAAGCGAUCAUUUUAUCCGAAUCUUCGAAUCAUCGAUGUUUGGAUCAUCCUGCAUUUGUAGAACCGAGCUCUCAAUCUUCUGUCAGGAGAUCAUUUGUGAGGCAUAUUGAAUCUCUUAACACUGCUCUUCGGCACUUGCAUGAUUCAAUGCCACGGAUCACUUAUUCGUCGGUUUCUCAAGGAACCAUCAUUUGUCAACUCUGCAAACGAGAUUGCUACUUGACAUUCCUCGAGUGUGAUAAAUGCUUCCACCAUACAUGUGUUUUUCAUGCGGUUGAUUCACUUCGCUGCUCAUGUUCGGGGAAGCUAAUUGUUUAUAUAGACGAGGGCAUCUGGAAAGCGGUGGAUGCAUACCGAGUGUUUGAAGAAAGUUCAGAGCGGGGAAUUGAACAAGAAUUAUGUUUGUAUCCACUGUCAAAUAUAUCCUCUUGUAUUAAACAUGGAAAGGCUCGAUUUUGGCGCAAGCACCAUAUUCAGAAGGCAAUGCACAUGACAAUGGCCUUUUCUGCUUUUGCUAACAUAGGGCAUUUUUGCAACAUUCAACGGCACAAUACGUAUAUGUAG